GAUUAGUUUCUCCAAUAACUCACCUCUAUGGUUGUUUUACAAACUAAAAUUAGGAUGAAAUUAAACUCCUCUCAGGUUUUGUAUUUGACUCUGACUGCCUAUGUGGACUCUGGUUCCCUGAAAUAUUUCUGUUUCUUUGUCAUCCUGUCUCUGUAUGUUCUGAUUAUCAGCUGUAACGUCCUGCUGAUCAUGUUGAUCUGUGUGAACCGGACCUUACAUGAACCCAUGUUCCUGUUCCUCUGCAGCCUGUUUGUGAAUGAACUGUACGGCAGUUUGGGUUUGUUUCCCUUCCUGCUGGUUCAGAUCCUCUCUGAUGUUCACAUCAUUCCUGCUCCUCUUUGUUUCCUGCAGAUUUUCUGUAUUUAUACGUAUGCAAGUGUAGAGUUUACUAACUUAGCCGUCAUGUCUUAUGACCGAUACGUAGCGAUCUGCUGUCCUCUGCAGUAUAACUCCCUGAUGACUUCACAGAGGAUAGUUUUCCUGCUGUUCAUCAUAUGGCUGCCUCCCUGUCUAGCGGUCGGGGGAACGGCCUUUCUGAGCUCCUCUCUGCAGCUCUGUGGGAACGUCAUCAAUAAGGUUUACUGUGACAAUCACUCCAUCAUCAAGCUGGCCUGUAACGACCCCACAGCCAAUAACAUCUAUGAACUAAUCAUGUCUUUCCUCACAGUCUGUGUUCCUGUUUCUGUUAUCGUCUACACCUACAUGAGGAUCCUUCAGGUGUGUUUCUCUGGGUCCAAACAGACCCGGCAGAAAGCCGUCAGUACCUGCACCCCCCACCUUGCUUCUAUAAUCAACUUCUCCUUCGGUGUUUCCUUUGAAAUAUUGCAGAGCAGAUUUAACAUGAAUACUGUUCCCAGUUUUAUCAGAAUACUUUUAUCUCUGUAUUUUCUGACGUGUCAGCCGGUUUUUAACCCGGUUCUGUACGGCCUGAAUAUGUCCAAAAUACGCAGCAUGUGUAAAAAGCUGGUUCUGAACUCUGUGAGGAAAUGUUCACCAUGA